AUGGAUAUUUCCAAACCAGUUGGUUCAGAAAUCACAUCUGUUGAUUUCGGAGUGCUAUCGGAUAAUGAAGUCCAAAAAUUGUCCUCAAAACAAAUCACCAACCCAAUCGUAUUUGACAACUUGGGCCAUCCAGUAAAUGGUGGUUUAUAUGACUUGUCACUCGGAGCAUUUUUGAGAAAUGUGUGUACUACAUGUGGAUUAGAUGAGAAGUUUUGUCCUGGUCACAUGGGUCACAUUGAGUUGCCAGUACCUGUUUACAAUCCAAUGUUUUUCAACCAGUUGUACAUUUUUUUGAGAAGUUCUUGUUUAUAUUGCCACCACUUUAAGUUGAGCCAUCUUGAAGUGCACUUGUUCAAAUGUAAGUUGCAGCUUAUACAGUACGGAUUGUUGUUGGAGUGCAGUGAAUUGGAAAAUAUCAUGCCUGCUGGAAAAUCGGCCAAGGAGAUGAGUAAUAACGAUGAAGAUGAAGAAGAUGAAGGUGUGUCUGUUGAUGCAAAGACAAAGAAGGAGUUGAUGGAGAGAAGAGAGGAAUUUGUAAAGAAUGCAAUUUCAGCAGCUUUGAAGGAUGGGAGAACCAACGCUAAGGGGAUUAUCACUGCAUCUGUAGGAGAAGAAAGAAAGGAAGUCAUACAUGGCUUCUACCGCAGGUUGUUGAGUAGACCAAAGUGUAGCAAUUGUGGAAUGUAUUCACCCAGCUUUAGAAAAGAUGGUUUUACAAAAAUCUUUGAGAAUUCACUUAAUGACAAGCAAAUCACCAAUAAUAGAGUUAGGGGUUUGCAACGUCCAGAUAUGAUUAAAAAGAAUGGAAGUAGCAACUCAUCAGCUGCUAGUGAUAUUCCAAACAUUAAGCACAAAGGUGGAUCGAAGUAUGUCUUGUCAUCAGAAGUGAGAAAUAUCAUUAGGGCUGUUUUCAAGAAUGAGCAACCAGUUUUACAAAAAGUUUUCCACUCAAGACCAUACCAACACGAGUAUGUCAGUGGCGACAUUUUUUUUAAACAAUCCAUUUUGGUGCCACCAACUAGAUUUAGAUUACCUUCUAAAUUGGGAGAUGAAAUCCACGAAAAUGCACAAAAUGAAUUGUUGUCAAAUAUUUUGAAAACAACAGUUUUGAUUGCUGAAUUGAACACUCAGAUAUCUCAAAUGUAUGAGGCUAAAUUAAGUGGGGAACAGAAAAAAAUUGCAUUUAACCGAUUGAUGAAUUCUUUUGUCACUUUACAAAACGAUGUCAAUGCAUUUAUAGAUUCAACCAAGAAUCAAAAUGCACCAGCGGGUAAAGUGCCAAACCCUGGUAUUAAGCAAGCGUUGGAAAAGAAAGAAGGUUUGUUUAGAAAGCAUAUGAUGGGUAAGCGUGUGAAUUAUGCCGCUCGUUCAGUCAUUUCACCAGAUCCAAAUUUGGAGACUAAUGAAAUUGGUGUCCCCCCAGUGUUUGCCAAAAAAUUGACAUAUCCAGAACCUGUGACUUCACAUAAUGCGGCCGAAUUGAGACAAGCUGUCAUCAAUGGUCCUGAGAAAUGGCCAGGUGCGGUACAAAUUCAAAAUGAAGAUGGCUCUUUGAUUUCAUUGAUUGGUAUGAGUUUAGAACAAAGAAAAGCCUUGGCUAAUCAAUUGUUGACACCAACAGGAAGCAAUUCAUUUGUUGGUAAAAAGGUGUACAGACAUAUCAAGAACAAGGAUGUGGUGAUUAUGAAUCGUCAACCUACUUUGCAUAAAGCAUCAAUGAUGGGACACAAGGUGAGAGUUUUACCGGGUGAAAAGACAUUGAGAUUACAUUAUGCAAACACUGGUGCUUAUAAUGCUGAUUUUGAUGGUGACGAAAUGAAUAUGCAUUUCCCACAAAAUGAAAAUGCUAAAGCGGAGGCAUUGAAUUUGGCCAAUACUGACUCACAGUAUUUGACACCAACUUCAGGUGCACCAUUGAGAGGUUUGAUCCAAGAUCACAUUUCCGCUGGUGUAUGGUUGACUAGUAAAGAUUCUUUCUUCACAAGAGAAACAUACCAACAAUUGAUUUAUGGAUGUAUUAGACCAGAAGAUGGACACACGACAAGAUCAAGGCUUGUUACAUUGCCUCCGGCUAUUUUCAAGCCUGAAAUGUUGUGGACUGGUAAACAAGUGAUUACCACUAUUUUAUUAAACAUCAAGCCUGACAAUGUACCUGGUGUUAAUUUAAUUUCCAAAAAUAAAAUCAAGAAUGAUUAUUGGGGUGAACACAGUACUGAAAAUGAGGUUAUUUUCAAAAAUGGUGAAUUAUUGAGUGGUAUUUUGGACAAGUCGCAAUAUGGUGCUUCUCAAUUUGGUAUUGUUCAUUCAUUGCACGAAGUUUAUGGUCCUGAAGUUGCUGGAAAGGCAUUAAGUGUGUUGGGAAGAUUGUUUACCAAUUACAUCAUGAUGACUGCUUUCACUUGCGGUAUGGAUGACUUGAGGUUAACCGAGGAUGGUAAUGUUUGGAGAAAGGACAUUUUGAAGCUGUCGGUUGACGUUGGUAGACAAGCGGCAACUGAAGUUACAAACUUGCCAGACGACACAGGCAAUGACAACAAGGAGUUGAGAAGAAGAUUGGAGGAGAUUUUGCGUGAUGAUGACAAAUUGGGUAUUUUGGAUGCUAUAACUCAAUCCAAAGUCAAUGCCAUCACGUCCCAAGUUGUUUCCAAGUGUGUACCUGAAGGUACAAUGAAAAAGUUCCCAUAUAACUCUAUGCAAGCAAUGGCUUUAUCAGGUGCCAAGGGAUCCAAUGUCAAUGUGUCACAAAUCAUGUGUCUUUUGGGGCAACAAGCUUUGGAAGGUAGAAGGGUACCAGUAAUGGUUUCAGGAAAAACUUUACCUUCAUUUAAAGCAUUUGAAACUGAUGCAAGAGCCGGUGGAUAUAUCAAGCAACGAUUCUAUUCGGGUAUUAGGCCACAAGAGUACUAUUUCCAUUGUAUGGCUGGUAGAGAAGGUCUUAUUGAUACCGCCGUCAAGACAUCAAGAUCAGGUUACUUGCAACGUUGUUUGACUAAGCAAUUAGAAGGUGUGCAUGUCAAUUAUGAUAACUCUGUACGUGAUGGUGAUGGAACUUUGAUUCAAUUUCUUUAUGGUGGUGAUUCAAUUGAUACUACCAAACAAUCACAUAUGAAUCAAUUUGAAUUUUGUUUAGAAAAUUACGAUGCAUUGUUGGCGAAAUAUAAUCCAGGUGAUAUGGUGGAGAAUUUGGACACUACUAAAGCAUUGUCAUAUUCGAAAAAAGUUCGUAAAUCAUUGAAGAAACAAAAGGAUGUUCCACAUUAUGAACAAGAGAUUAAAUAUGAUCCAGUUAUCAAUACCUAUAAUCCUGCCAAGUAUCUUGGUUCAGUGUCGGAGAAAUUUCAAGAAAAGAUGGACAAAUUUGUCACCAGUCAUCCAGAAUUGUUUGCGCAAUCAAAAGAAGAAGCUAAAUCUACUGGCAAGCUAACUGAAAAGAAGUUUAGAGCAUUGAUGCAAUUGAAGUAUAUGAGAUCUUUGAUUAACCCUGGAGAAUCAGUUGGUAUUAUUGCUUCGCAAUCCAUUGGUGAACCAUCAACUCAAAUGACAUUAAACACAUUCCAUUUCGCUGGUCAUGGUGCUGCCAACGUGACAUUGGGUAUCCCACGUAUGAGAGAAAUCAUCAUGACAGCCUCAGCGGCAAUCAAGACACCACAAAUGACAUUGCCGAUUUUGCCUGAUGUUAGUGAUGAACAAGCUGAUGCAUUUUGUAAAUCAAUCGCCAAAGUUGUUUUGUCUGAAUUUGUUGAUAAUGUAACAGUUACUGAAACGACUUCACAAGAUGAAGAUGGGUCAAAUAGUCGAUCUUAUGUGAUUCAUUUGGGAUUCUAUACUAAAGAUGAAUACGAAACUGAGUAUGAUAUCAGUCAAGAGCAAUUGGAAAAUGUUGUUACUCAAUCUUUUAUCCAUUCUUUGGAAACUCAAAUUGUUAAAGAAGUGAAGAAGCAAAAGAAACCUGAUUACAUGCCUACGGUGGGAAAAUCUGCUGGUAAGACAGAUAUGGAAACAGUUAGUGGUAAAAUAAGAGAGUUGAGGGAUGAAGACGAUGAUGAUGAAGACGAUGUUGAUGAAGAAGAAGAUGGAGGAGAUUUGGAACAACUGAAACAAAAGGUUAAACAACACGUGUCAUAUGACGGACCAGAUGAUGAUGAGAUUGAAACAAUGAAACGUGCAGAAGAAACCAGCGACGAAGAGAUGGAAGAUGCAGAAGAAAGCAAUGAAUCGUCUUCUUCUGAUAGUGAUGGUGAUAGUGAUAGCGAUGAGGAUGAAGAGGAGAAUGGUAAUGAUGCCGAUGGUGAUGCCAAUAUGGACAAGAAACCAGAGUUAUCACGUUUAGCCAAAGAUCGUCAAGCUGAAGUUAUAGCUCAACACAACAUGGUUACCAAAUUCAAUUUUGAUGAUGAACAUGGUGAAUGGUGUGAAUUUAAACUUGAAUUGAAUGGGAAUGAAACGCAAAAAUUGUUGAUGGUAAACAUUGUUGAAGAGCUUUUACGCAAAACAGUUGUACGUCAAAUACCGCACAUUGGCAGAUGUUUGCGACCAGAGCCAGAUGCCCUGCUGGGUAAGAGAAUCUUGACUACUGAAGGUGUCAAUUUCAAAGCCAUGUGGGAACAAGAUGAUUUCAUCAGUGUCAAUGCCAUUACAUCAAAUGACAUUGCUUCUGUAUUGCGUACGUAUGGAGUUGAAGCCGCAAGAAACACCAUUGUUAAUGAAGUCUAUCGUGUUUUCGACACGUAUGGAAUCAGUGUUUCAUCACGUCAUUUGGAUUUAAUUGCCGAUAUGAUGACUCGUGAAGGAAGUUAUUUGGCAUUUAAUAGACAAGGUAUUGAUAGUUCAACUUCGAGUUUUAUGAAAAUGUCGUAUGAAACCACGUGUCAGUUCUUGACCAAGGCUGUUUUGGAUGGUGAUCGUGAAGAAUUGGAAAGUCCUUCGGCCAAGAUUGUUAUGGGUAAAUUAACAAAUGUUGGUACUGGAUCAUUUGAUAUAUUUGCUCAGUUGCCAAAGCAAAUUGAAAAUUGA